AUCUCUUAACCAUUUUAUACUUCCUGGCUCAGAUUUAUCACCUGGAUAUCUUACUAGGGAAAGAUAAACAUGUAUUUAAGACACAAAGAAACCUUUUAUAAAUAACCAUCAUUUCAUUGUAGUCUUAACACAGCAUGCAUUGUUGCCUAAAUUCAUUUUAUUAUUUGGUAAGGACACAAGUUUGAGUUAUUUCAGACUGUGAUAUACAAUAUUUUCAUAUAAAAUGAUAAAUGAUUAAAAUUUCUUUCUGUAGGCUACAGAGAGUGAAGUAGGAGAUGUAGAUUUAACACGUCUUCCAGAAGGACCUGUUGAUUCUGAGGAUGAAGAAGAAGAAGAGGAAGAGAUUGAUCGAACAGAUCCAUUGCAGGGGCGAGAUCUUGUUCGAGAAUGUCUUGAAAAAGAACCUGCAGACAAAACUGAUGAUGACAUUGAACAAUUACUUGAAUUUAUGCACCAGCUUCCUGCUUUUGCAAACAUGACCAUGUCUGUAAGGAGAGAGCUCUGCUCAGUGAUGAUUUUUGAAGUGGUGGAUCAGGCUGGAGCUAUUAUUCUUGAGGAUGGGCAAGAGCUUGAUUCAUGGUAUGUCAUUUUAAAUGGCACUGUAGAAAUUAAUCAUCCAGAUGGAAAAGUUGAAAAUCUCUUUAUGGGAAAUAGUUUUGGAAUUACUCCCACUCUUGAUAAGCAGUACAUGCGUGGUAUUGUCAGAACUAAAGUAGAUGAUUGUCAGUUUGUCUGCAUAGCCCAGCAGGAUUAUUGGAGAAUUUUAAAUCAUGUGGAAAAAAAUACCCAUAAAGUUGAAGAAGAAGGAGAAAUUGUUAUGGUGCAUGAGCACCGCGAAUUAGACCGGAGCGGAACCAGGAAAGGACACAUCGUAAUCAAGGCAACACCUGAGCGUCUCAUUAUGCAUUUAAUAGAAGAACAUUCCAUUGUGGACCCAACUUAUAUAGAAGAUUUCUUAUUAACUUAUAGGACAUUUCUUAAAAGUCCUUUGGAUGUUGGAAUCAAGCUUUUGGAAUGGUUUAAGAUUGACAGCUUAAGGGAUAAGGUGACACGGAUUGUAUUAUUAUGGGUAAAUAAUCAUUUUAAUGAUUUUGAAGGUGAUUCUGCUAUGACUCAGUUUCUGGAAGAAUUUGAAAAAAAUCUGGAAGAUACAAAAAUGAAUGGUCAUCUUAGGUUAUUGAAUAUCGCCUGUGCUGCAAAGGCUAAGUGGAGACAGGUUGUGCUACAAAAGGCUUCUCGAGAGUCACCUUUGAAUUUCAGCCUUAAUGGAGGAAGUGAGAAGGGAUUUGGUAUUUUUGUUGAAGGAGUAGAACCUGGUAGCAAAGCUGCUGAUGCAGGACUGAAACGUGGUGAUCAGAUAAUGGAAGUAAAUGGACAGAAUUUUGAGAAUAUUACAUUUGCAAAGGCCCUUGAAAUUUUGAGGAAUAAUACUCAUCUUGCACUAACUGUGAAGACCAAUAUUUUUGUAUUCAAAGAGUUGCUUAGUAGGAUUGAACAAGAGAAAUAUGGUGUUCCUCAUAUUCCAAAAAUUGCUGAAAAAAAAAGUAAUCGGCAUUCAAUUCAAGAUGUCCCAGGAGAUAUUGAACAGACAUCACAGGAGAAAGGAAAUAAGAAAGUUAAAGCAAAUACUGUUUCAGGUGGAAGAAACAAAAUCAGGAAAAUUCUGGAUAAAACAAGAUUUAGUAUCUUGCCUCCAAAGCUAUUUAGUGAUGGAGGCCUGAGCCAAUCACAAGAUGACAGCAUUGUGGGAACAAGGCAUUGUAGACACAGCCUAGCUAUAAUGCCUAUUCCUGGAACACUCUCAUCCAGUAGCCCUGAUCUCCUACAGCCUACUACCAGCAUAUUGGACUUUUCCAAUCCUUCAGCUGUUGGUUUUUACUAUAUUCCUGAUCAAGUUAUAAGAGUUUUCAAAGCAGAUCAACAAAGUUGCUACAUUAUCAUCAGUAAAGACACUACAGCUAAAGAAGUAGUUUGUCAUGCUGUUCAUGAAUUUGGUUUGACUGGUGCAUCCGACACAUAUUCUCUUUGUGAAGUUUCUGUUACUCCAGAGGGUGUCAUAAAGCAGAGAAGACUUCCUGACCAGUUCUCCAAAUUAGCUGAUAGAAUUCAACUCAAUGGAAGGUAUUAUUUAAAAAAUAAUAUGGAAACAGAAACUUUAUGUUCAGAUGAAGAUGCUCAAGAACUAGUUAAAGAAAGCCAAUUAUCCAUGCUGCAGCUCAGUACCAUUGAGAUGGCCACCCAAUUAUCAAUGAGGGACUUCGAUUUAUUUCGUAAUAUUGAGCCUACUGAAUAUAUUGAUGACCUUUUUAAGUUGGAUUCCAAAACAGGAAAUACUCACUUGAAAGAGUUUGAGGACAUUGUAAACCAAGAGACAUUCUGGGUUGCCUCAGAGAUUUUAACCGAAUCAAAUCAACUCAAACGAAUGAAAAUUAUUAAGCAUUUUAUUAAAAUUGCACUUCAUUGUCGAGAAUGUAAGAACUUCAAUUCCAUGUUUGCAAUAAUAAGUGGCUUGAACUUGGCACCUGUAGCACGACUCAGAGGUACUUGGGAAAAGUUACCAAGCAAAUAUGAGAAACAUCUCCAAGAUCUACAAGACCUUUUUGAUCCAUCUAGAAACAUGGCAAAAUAUAGAAAUAUUCUUAGUAGUCAAAGUAUGCAGCCUCCAAUUAUUCCACUGUUCCCUGUUGUCAAGAAGGAUAUGACAUUUCUACAUGAAGGAAAUGACUCCAAAGUAGAUGGUUUAGUAAACUUCGAGAAGCUAAGAAUGAUUGCCAAGGAAAUCCGUCAAGUUGUUCGAAUGACUUCUGCUAAUAUGGACCCAGCUAUGAUGUUUCGACAGAGGAAGAAGAGGUGGCGGAGUCUGGGGUCACUCAGUCAAGGCAGCACAAAUUCAAACAUGCUGGAUGUUCAGGGAGGUGCUCACAAAAAAAGGACACGCCGCAGCUCUCUGCUCAAUGCCAAGAAGCUGUAUGAGGAUGCCCAAAUGGCAAGGAAAGUAAAGCAGUAUCUUUCUAGUCUGGAUGUAGAGACAGAUGAGGAGAAGUUCCAGAUGAUGUCAUUGCAGUGGGAGCCUGGAUAUGGUACCUUGACCAAGAAUUUAAGUGAGAAAAGAUCUGCCAAGUCAUCUGAAAUGUCCCCAGUGCCUCUGAGGUCAGCUGGCCAAACAGCUAAAGCCCACUUACAUCAGUCCCACAGAGUAAGCCAGGUUCUUCAGGUACCAGCUGUUAAUUUGCACCCCAUCAGGAAGAAGGGACAAGCAAGAGACCCUACAUUGAGUUCAAGUUUACCUCAGAAAGUUUUAGGACCAACCGAAGAAAUAAGUGGUAAGAAACAUACAGAAGACACUGUGUCUGUGGCAUCAUCUUUACAUUCUAGUCCUCCUGCAUCUCCUCAAGGUUCCCCUCGCAAAGGUUAUGCACUUAUACCAUCAGCUAAAUCGGACAACUUGUCGGACUCCAGCCAUAGCGAGAUCUCUUCACGGUCCAGCAUCGUGAGCAAUUGUUCUGUUGACUCCAUGUCUACAACUCUACAGGAUGAACGAUGUUCUCAGACCAUGGCAAUCCCUGAAUCCACUGGGACAUUGGAAAAGACAGAGCACUCCUCAGGGAUAGGAGACCAUACUCAGCUUGGUCCUGGGUGGAUGCUUUCAAAACCAUCUUUAAUCAAGGGUUUAGCUGUCUCAGCUUCUAUGAGCAAUGAAGAGAUUUCUCAUGAGCAUGUUGUUAUUGAAGCAGCUGAUAGUGGUCGUGGAAGUUGGACUUCCUGUUCAAGCAGCUCCCAUGACAACUUUCAGAGCCUUCCAAACCCAAAAAGCUGGGACUUUUUGAACUCCUAUAGGCAUACUCAUUUGGAUGAUCCCAUUGCUGAAGUGGAACCCACUGACUGUGAGCCCUACUCCUGUCCUAAAGGCUGCUCUAGAACUUGUGGCCAGUGUAAGGGAAACCUAGAGACUAAUCAGUUGAGACAAAGUUGGGCCUCCUCCAGUUCUCUCUCUGAUACAUAUGAACCAAAUUAUGGGACAGUUAAACGGAGAGUAUUGGAGAGCAUCCCCACUGAGUCAUCUGAUAGCUUGGACCCAAAGGAUGCCACUGACCCAGUUUAUAAAACUGUCACUUCAAGCACAGAAAAGGGCUUGAUUGUGUACUGUGUAACUUCACCCAAGAAGGAUGAUAGGUAUAGGGAGCCACCUCCUACUCCUCCAGGAUAUAUGGGAAUUUCUUUAGCGGACAUAAAAGAAGGACCCCACCUGCACCUAAAACCUCCAGAUUAUAGUGUGGCAGUGCAAAGGUCAAAGAUGAUGCAUAACAGCCUUUCUAGACUGCCACCAGCUUCUCUCAGUAGCAGCCCUGUGGCGUGUGUUCCAUCGAAGAUUGUAACUCAGUCUCAGAGGCAUAAUUUGGAGCCAUCCCAUCCUAAACUAGCAGAUGUGACUGAUGCAGAUAGUGAAGCAGAUGAAAAUGAACAGGUGUCAGCUGUCUGACCAUUGGAUGACCCUUUUGAAGACCACCAAAAGUUUUGAAGAAGUGGACAGAAACCCUGAUGAUUCUGCAGGUCAUUGCCAACAAAUAGCUUACUGCUACUAACCCAGAGGUUUCAUUCCUUAUACUAUGAGCAGUGAGAUAGACCUGAGUGGUACUUGCUUUCAUUUAAUCUCUGAAGAUGCAGUUUCCUCAGCUAUUAAUGCUGUGCCUGGAUACCAUUCUGCACUUUGUACACCAUACCUGCCUUGGGACCACAUUACAGAACCAAUCCAAACUCAAGAGUCAUCCCCAUGUAUAUCACUGUAGAUUUUCCUUUCACAAAUUAUUUUAAAGGUAGUGGUAUUGUUAUUUCCAAGCCAUAGCUUGGACUAAAGGACAAAUUCAAAAUGUCUGCCAAUAUCAAGCUUUCUCUUGUAUAUUUAAAAAGUAAUUUAUUAUUUAAAGUGUUGUGAUUUUGUUUGUAUGUGGGAGCCAUUGUUAGAUGAUGUUUGUUUGAGGUGAUAAAACUGUCUCUGGUCUGACUAAACAGAAGUCAUCUUUGUAAAGAUGCUGUGCUUGAUCUAUAUGGAGAUGUAACUUGAUCUGAGCACCAAUGUGAUGGGGGGGGGCGGGGGACGGGUUCAGUUUGAGUAAACUAAGAAGCCCUUUGCAGUGGAAAUGUUAGGAACCUUCUAGAUCAUGGUGUGAAAUGAAGUUGCCACAGGGUUUCUUGUCAGACCUUUGGGAAAGGGGAGGGGAGGUAAAAUGAUAGGUGGAACCUUAAUUUCCAAAGACUAAUUCUUUCUGAAGUGAAAGUCAUGCUGCAUCUAAUUAUAAACUAAAAGUAAACCUAAUAGAGAAUGAGUUCUAGAGAAUUCUACUCUAAGGAAACCCUAAACUAAAAUUUCUGACAACUCAAGUAUGGAGUUCAUUUUUAAAAGAAGUAUAAUCAUAGAUGUUGUAAUCAUGAAGAUGAAUUUGCCCUUAUGCAUUGUCCUGCUACAUAUCCCACAUCUCUCAGCACAAAUUGCAUCUAAUCUUAAUAAAACAUGCAGCUCUGAGCCAUCUCAGUAAAGCUCAGUAGCCCACCAAGGUACAUAACUGGUUGAAAACUCUGUGGGAGAAAGAGGAGCUAGAAAUGUAAAAAUGAUUGUCUCUUGGUUCUCAUUUUAGCCCUUGAGGGACGUAGCUUUCUGGCCUCUUGGGCAUGGCAUUCUUAAUUUAAAUAUUUAAUUAAAAUUCCAGUGACUAUUUGCUGUAUGAAGUAGAUUUUUCACAUUUUUUACAAAUUAAAUAUAAUGUUUUCUACUUGUAUUUAAAUUUUUUUCAUUUGUUUUUUAAUGUAAAGGCAAAUGGGAUUUUCAUAAACUUCUGUGAUAACCAAAAAAAAAAAAAAAGGAAGAAAAGGAGGGGAGAAAAAAAAGCCAAAGCCAUUAAGGUGCACUAUCCAAAUCAACUUGGAGCCUAAGGAUUUACUUCAAAAUGGUUCUCCAUAUGUGACCAUAUAGGAUUUAGUUAGUGACUUCUUUUUUAAGAAUCUGUAUUUUUUUCCUAGCUUUCUUUCUCUCUUAUUUUCUUGCCUGUCUCCUUUAUUAAAAUUAUAAAUGAAUUCCAGGUGAUAAAUCAUAGCAAUUCAUUUUUCCCAUCAAAAUGAUGAUCUCCUGGGGGGGGGGGUGGGACAUUAAGCUGAAACUUAAGCCUUAGAGAUUAACCCCAGUAUGUUAAAAUAAAGCUAGAUGGCUUCAUAGCUUUCUUGGUUCUUUGAAGAGAAAAGUGAAUCAAAAAUCCUGGCUUGAAAGUCACACUCUAGUAAUUUGGUCUAUAAAUAGUGGUUCUCUGAUUAUAAAUUUUUUAUUCUGUGAUUUACAUAACAUCCUUUUUGUGUCCUCAGCAAAAAAAAAGAAAGAAAGAUAUUUUUGCUAUAACCACCUUUUUAUCAAGUUUGGGUAUUUAUUCUCACCAUUUUAUAUCCAUUACUCCAGAAAAAAAAUAUGUGCUAUUUGCACAGCAUCUGUUUAUUUAGCAGGUCUUUCAAACCAAAUGGAAGCCUUACUGUGUUUGUUCUUAGUGGUGUAAAUAAUACCUUGCUCAGAGAGUUGAGGCCUGUGGUUUUGGACUUGCACCAUGUAGCUGCCUUUGUUGUAUUUAGCUUUAACUGUGAGUGGAUCAGCUGAUCACAUUGAUCAGGAACUAAAACCAAAUGCUUUGUAGUUUGAUAAGUAUAAAUCCCUUACAAAAUCAUGAACUAUUGACUUCUUUCAAAAUUUAGGGUACAUUUCUCAGUCUUGUCUUAGUUUCUUAUAUGACUAGAAUGGGGAAGCCUUAACCUGUCCUUGCUCCAGUUCCAAAUCCCUUUUUGUGUUUGUUUUAUAAAUUUAAACUUCAUUGAAAAGACUAGUGCCCACUCUUCCCACCACAACUCUACAUCUGCCAAAACUUGUAAAACAGUAAACCUUGAGUGUAAACUUUUGCCAAAUGUUAAAUUUCAGCAGAAUCUCUUCUUAUGCAAGAUUUGGAGAAUUAGUAAAUCCAGUAUAUAGUUCCAUUAAAGUUUAUUGUAAUUAACAGAUUCUCAUUUCCUCGAAUAAUGAUUUCAAGAUGAUCUUUGGGGAGAAGAAUCUUUUAAUGGUGAUAAGUUUUCGUGAAGGUGAUAAGUCAGAUAGAUCAUUGUCAUCUAUGUCACCUUCCUGAGCAUCUCUCCUAGACAGGAAAUGCAGCAGUAAUCAUGGGGAUUUCUAAGAAUGAACUUAGAAAUGUGUUAUUUAUAAAAUAUUCUUUCCCCUGCCCCACCCCCCAAAAAAGUGGAGCAGGGGGAGUUUCUUUGUAUAGUUAAAACAGUGAUUGUUAUUUGGAUACAAAAUAUUAUGUUAAAGUGUUUGUAUCCCUUGAGCAUUACUUAAAGGCUAGGGAAAAAAAAGGAUGACUCUUCAGAAAAGUGUCAAAUACAUUUUUUAAAUUUAAACUUGAACCCCAAUUCAUCUUUAGCUUUUGUUGUGCUUCUUUUAAGGCUUCUUUAUUUUUGAUAUACAGAAUGCGGUUACACUUGAUCUUUUAAAUUGAAACGGUAAGCUUAUCAGCAAAAGACAAAAACAAAAUUGCACCAUUGUAAUUAUCAAAAUAGCAACUAUACUGCACAAUUCAGUGAUUGUAAGGUAUCCUAUAACAAGCAAUGUUUGUCUCCUAUUUUUUGAUACCUCUUAAACUUAUGUCUUUUAGAAAGACAGUGCCUCUGUAUGCUUUUUGUAUUUUUACUGAGUGUAAAUAUUUGUUAUAUUUUUGGUUAAGAGAAUGUAAAAGUACCAUUUAUUAUUACCAUAUCUACUGAUAACAUUGGUGGAAUCAAUAAAGAGUCUACAUUAA